UGUUUCGGAUCACAUCUUUAGUUUGGGACAAAUACCCAUCUUCUGCACAAAGAAAGUACGAAAGCAAACAGGAGAGACACAGUGAACAACAACCUUUCCUACUUACUUUCGAAGAAAUGUAUUCCAACACGCCAUAGCAAUAAGGCUCCCUGCAAUAGCCCAGUAGUUGAAAUGUUCAAAUGUAACGCCGAAGUCCUGGUUUCGAAUUCGAUUCCCCACAUGGUUAUAAUAUGUGAAGCCCAUUUCUGAUGUCCCUUGCUGGAUAUUGUUAGGAGCGGCGUCAAACUAUACUCACUCAUAUCAAUAAUGUCUGAUUUGUCCAAUUAAUGAAGAAACCAAUAAUCAAAUUUUUCAAUAAAAAAAAUAAAAAUGAAACAUGCAGUGUAACAGUAACCGGGUGACCUAGUGACCUGGUGACUCGCUUUUACCAACUACCGGACUUACUAAUUCUACCUUCAUUGAUGCAUUCCUUUCCACCAGUUCCAUCCAACAAAAGAAGGGCGACAUAUGCACAAUACGAGCUAUUGUUUAUUUACGAGCGUCUACACAAUAAAUCUGCAUGAACAUAAAGCGUGUUGUAUAGUACACGAAUUCUGGUGAGACAUGACGUAGAUUCCCGUCCCGUGGAGAUCCUAUGAUAAAGCCUGGGGCAGAAAUUUACAGAAUGCGUUCACUGAAUAGCGAUCAAAAGCCGCGGAGCUAAGUGAUAGAGGGUUGACGCGCACAAUAGAUAAAUACUUUCGCCUACAAAGCAACGCGUUGUCUAUUGAGACACAAAAACUGUACAGGUACAUUCUCACCAGUAGCAAAUCGCCGAACUGUGUGGCAAUGAUUAAUCGUUCAGGGGGUCUACUUGAAGGGUAUCUACCCAACGCUGUGUUGACUAAACCUCACGUUAAGAUAGCUAUCACAAGAGGGACGUCGGUUUCGGCUGGGGGAAGAGUUGCUAACAGAGAAAGGAUAUCGACUCGUAAUUACUUUUUAUACCUUUGGAUUUUGGUUGAUUGGUGUGGAUUUUCUACCUCCUUGAAACGUUUACCCAUUGCGGGUGUCCCCUCGACGUGGUGAAUGGGUGAGUAGAGUUCUGGCUCUAUGAUGAGUAACCAUCCGGUUGUCAAGCUGGGUCCUGUCUCAUCUAUUUCAUCCUUCUACGAGCUGUCGGCGCCUCUCAUUGACGGGCGAGUGGACCAGUUUAAGGGGUUUGAGGGGCGGCUGACGUUGGUUGUCAACAUCGCGACUGCUGACUUCAACACAAGGAACGAACUUAAACAGCUGAAUGAACUGUUGUCUGCAUACUCUUCUAAAGGACUCAACAUCUUCGCCUUCCCAUGUAACCAGUUUGACGGUGAACCUUAUGAAAACGAUGAAAUAUUACCCAUCAUGCACUACGUUCGUCCCGGGGGAAAGUUUGAGCCUCGUUUUAAAAUCUUUGCUAAGUGCGAAGUUAACGGUAUGAAGGCUUCGCCUCUGUUUGAGUAUCUGAGGAUGAAAUUGCCUCGACCUGACAAUGAUGAUGACAUCAUAAUAUCACGUGAGAAACAGGUGCCAUGGACGCCUGUAAAACGUCAAGACAUUGGCUGGAACUAUGAGAAGUUUUUAAUCAACUAUGACGGCCAGCCAGUCAGGCGGUACACGCACAAGGCUGAUAUAGAGCUAAUUAAAAAGGAUAUUGAGCAUUUCCAGAAGAAAAUACCAAGGACAGUCCGGGAACAGCACGGGCUGCAUUGAACAACGCUAUGUUAUUAUAAUAUAUGCCGCGAAAACAACACCUACAUCUCAGAAACUUGCCGAAAUAGCAUUGUUAGUCCCCUCGGCCUCGUUUCAGAACUUGAACGUAGGAAUAUGCGACUUUAAGUCGAUGUUAAGAUAUUUACGACAGCCCAAUCUUUGUGUCUCACAGAACAUGUCAAAGCAGUUUACGAGGCUAUAUUGUGCGGUAAGUGUAAGAAAGUAAUUAUCUGAUUUCCAAAAGUUCGCGGAUUUGAAUUAAUUCCGCUAGACUUAUUAUUUGUUUUUGACGUUAUUCGGAAUGUUUCUCAGUUAAGUAAAAUGCAUUAAGAACUGUUUAACAACCCCUUAACUUGAGUCCACUCAAGUGACGGGCGGCGGCCAAUGUGACAUAGGGGGUGGGGAGGAGGGGGCAGAGGGCAAGUCGUCUGAGAGUUCGUUGUUCUGGCAAGAGAAACAAGAAAUGAAAGACGUGUUUCGGUCCAAUUUUCUCUCAGAGUCAUAAAUUCUGUUGUCAGAAGGAGGUAGGUCGCUAUGAACCACGGCGGUUCCCAAAACUUACGAUGGAUCGGACAAACCGGAACUUAUAGUGUCAGCAUCGAACCACCAGGUAAUAAAUCCACACAUGCAUUCUAGGACAUUAUUCUAUUGUGUGCUGUUUAGAGAGAUGUGCCUGUUGAAAGAAAGAAUUCGACAAUUGUCGCUGAUGGUCCAAUAAAUGUCAUAUUAUCAAAUGGGUAUACCGUUUAACCAAUGUCUUCUGUCAAUAUGAAUACACAUGUAUAAAUGACUGUGUUCCGUGGCUUAGAUGCAGUGUAAAUUAUGUGAAUAAAUAUUUAUCAAAAGA